AUGGGUAGCGAAGUGCUGCAGGACAGGCUCGGCUUUGUGGAUGCCUUGAAGCAUGACAUCUCCAGCUACCUGGCCACGGGUGAGGAGGCUCCACCGGGCUUCCCAGCGCCAUCCGGCCUGAAGCUAGCAGACUGUCUCCUGGAGGGGCGGGUGCUCUGCUAUGCGAAGCCGGUGGGCGAGGAGCCCGGCGACGGGGAGGAGGGCCUGUCGCCGCUCAGUGGGUCGCCCUCGUCGGGGGGCCCACAGCGGCCCUUUGGGGCACCGCCGCCUCCAGGCUCCAUCUUCUGGCCCCCAAGGCCCAAGUAUGGCGACGUGCUCUCCGCGGCAGGGGGUUGGCGUUACGCGGCUCCUGAGGCGUCCUCCGUCCCGGCUCUUCCCAUGAGUGACUCAGGAAGCGAGAGCGACGGCUGUGCCGGCUCCGACGACGGGCGCCCGGGUUCCCGCUUACGCAAGAAGCCGCGUGCACGCAGGGAGACUGCCAAAGCGCAACAUGAAUUUGGCUGCAGUGUGCCGACGCGUGAUCUGGCAGAAGACCUGCUGGAAUUCACCUCCUGCUUUGAGAGUGGUAACUUGCGAUACGUUCUCUUCGACAAAAGCGCCGAAGAGUACCUGCUUUUUCUUGACAACGACAUCCGCAGCCGUGGCCACACCCAGUGGUUCUACUUUGCCGUGCGGAACGCGAAAGCGGGCCGGUUAUACCGCCUCCGCAUCGUGAAUAUGUCUAAAUCCAAGUCGCUUUUCCGGAUGGGCAUGCGUCCCUUGGUGUGGUCCGAAUUGAAUGCACGACGAGCCUGGUCAGCUUCCAAGCGCACCUACGAGGCUUCGCUUUUUGAUGGCGUGGCGGGGCUGUGGAAGCCCGCGGGGAAGGAUGUGCGCUACUACAGGACGCUGCCAAUGCCUGGGAGUGGUGGCGGCAGUCAGCACACUCUUGCCUUCGACUACGUCUUCGAGUCGAAGAAUGACUGCGUGUUCUUUGCGUACUACGUGCCCUACACGUACUCCAUGCUGCGGUCCUUCCUGACCCAUGCCACCAGCGACCCCAUCACGCGGGUCUUCUGCCGAUUGAAAAGCUUGGCGGUCACGGUGGGCGAGGCGAGAUGUGACCUCUUGGCGAUCUCGAACCCUGCCGUGCCCAAGAAGAUGAAGAAGGUCGUCAUGGUCAGCUCUCGCGUGCACCCAGGGGAAAGUAACGCGAGUUGGCUGGUGCAUGGCCUCAUUGGCUUCCUCCUCUCACCCUGUGCCGAAGCCCAGGUUCUUCGAGACAACUUUGUUUGGAUGGUUGUACCCAUGCUCAACCCCGAUGGCGUCAUCAGUGGCAACUACCGCUGCGGUCUCUGUGGCAUGGACCUCAACCGCCAGUGGCGGUCUCCCCAUGAGCUCCUCCACUCACCGGUUUUCAAGCUCAAGAAGCUCGUGGCCAAGAGUCGCUCCAGGCUGUGUACAUAUCUAGACCUGCACGGGCAUUCUCGCAAGUGCGGGAUCUUUGCCUACGCCUGUGGCCAGUUUGCGGAGGACGACCACCGUCGCUUCACCGUGCGGAUGUAUCCAAAGCUCCUGUCACUCCUGAUACCGGAGUUCAGCAUGGUCAGCUGCAGGUGGACGGUCGGAAAGGGCAAACGCGGGACCGGCCGCGUGGUGGUGGCCAAGGACCUUGGCAUCACGAAUGCCUACACCAUCGAGGCCUCGCUCUGGGGGUCGGUGGAUGGCAAGGUCACGGAGGAGCCUGCGCACAGCUCCGACGGGGAGGACCUCGGGGCCUCAGUUUGUUUGUUCGUCUUCCCUGGGCCCUGA